GAAGAAACUCGCAGUCUGAGACAGUCAUUUCUCCAUGAGAGAUCUUUUGCAGUGCAGCAGUUUGUAGAGGACGGUGAGAGGAAUGAUCAAAAUGGCAGAAGCCAAAUUUUCUCAGGAUGAGUUUACAUGUCCAGUGUGUCUGGAUCUUCUGAAGGACCCGGUGGCUAUUCCCUGUGGACACAGUUACUGUAAGAGCUGUAUUACAGGAUGCUGGGACCAGGAGGAUGAGAAGAGAGUCUACAGCUGCCCUCAGUGCAGAGAAACCUUUAGUCCGAGACCUGCUUUAGCUAAAAACACCAUUCUGGCAGAAAUGGUGGAGAAACUGAAGAAGACCAAACCUCCUGCUGACUGUUAUGCUGGAGAUGGAGAUGUGCAGUGUGAUGUCUGUACUGAGCGAAAAUGCAAAGCCAUCAAGUCCUGCCUGGUGUGUCUGGAUUCUUACUGUCAAACUCAUUUUGAGCGCCAUGAGGAGUUUAACUCCCGUAAGCCACACAAAAUGAUUGAUGCCACUAAACGACUGCAGGACAUGAUCUGCCAUAAGCAUGAGAAAGAGCUAGAAAUGUACUGUAUCACUGAGCAACAGUGCAUCUGUGUAAUCUGUAAAGAGAAUGAACAUAAAAAUCACAAAGUUGUAACAAUUGCUGCAGAGAGAACAGAGAAACAGAAAGUACUGAAGGAGACACAGGUGAAGCUCCAGCAGAGAGUUCAGAAGAAACAGAAAGAUCUUCAAUGGCUGAGAGAAACAGUGGAUUCUCAAAAGCGUUCUGCACAGACAGCAGUGGAGGACACUGAGAGGAUCUUUACUGAAAUCAUCCGCUCCAUUGAGAGACUAUGCUCUGAGCUUACACAGAUGAUCAGAGAUCAGCAAAAGACUGCAGUGAGUGAAGCUGAAGGACUGAUGGAGCGACUGGAGCAGGAGAUUGAUGUUCUGAGGAGAAGAGACGCUGAGCUGGAACAGCUUUCACACACACAGGAUCACAUCCAUUUCCUUCAGAGUUUCCAGUCUCUCUCAGCUCCUACUGAGUCUACAGAUGUUUCCUUCAGUUCGCACUUGUCUUUUGAUAGCCUGAGAGAAUCUGUUCAUCAGCUAAAAGUCAAACUGGAGAAUUUCUGUAAAGAGGAGAUCAAGAAGAUCUCUAACAGAGUCACAUUCACCAACACUGUUCCUGAGACUACAAACAACUUUCUACAAUAUUCCCAACAGUUCUCUCUGGAUCUGAAUACAGUGAAUAAACGUCUCACUCUGUCUGAGAUUAACAGAGUGGUUACCGACACUGGCAUAGUUCAGUCAUAUCCUAAUCAUCCUGACAGAUUUGAUCAUUGGGGUCAGGUGUUGUGUAAAGAGAGUGUGUGUGGAUGCUGUUACUGGGAGAUUGAGUGGAGUGGUGAUCGUGUGUAUAUAUCAGUGUCAUAUAAGAGCAUCAGCAGGAAGGGAGGAGGUCUUGAGUGUGGAUUUGGACGUAAUGGUCAGUCCUGGAGUCUGAUCUGCUCUCCUGACAGAUACUCAGUAAGACACAAUAACAUAGAGACUGUUCUCCCUCUAAAGUGCAUCAUUAGUAGAGUAGGAGUGUAUGUGGAUCACAGUGCAGGUACUCUGUCCUUCUACAGGAUCUCUAAAAAAAUGCAGCUUAUCCACACAGUCCAGACCAAAUUCACUCAGCCACUCUGUCCAGGAUUUUGGGUUGGUUAUAAAUCAUCAGUGAAACUUUGUUGAAGCAGAAUAGAUUAUUCAGAGUGAUGCUACCCAUAAACAUCUGACCUGAAUAAUGAAUCAAUAUGUCUCCCUGUUACUUCUAUCAUUCAAAGCAAAGGAUUGAAGGUUUUUGGUAAACAUAUUCUUGUAGCAUCUUGUAGCAUCAAAAUAUUAAUAAUAACAUAAUAAUGAUGAAUAAUUAAUAAUAAGGGCAGCACGGUGGCGCAGUGGGUAUUGCUCUCGCCUCACAUCAAGAAGGUUGGUGAUUUGAGCCCUGGCUGGGUCAUAUGGCAUUUCUGUGUGGAGUUUGCAUGUUCUGCCCGCGUUUGUGUGAAUGGAAGUGUAUGAAUGUUUCCCAGUGAUGGGUUGCAGCUGGAGGGCAUCUGCUGCGUAAAACAUAUGCUGGGUAAGUUGGCGCUUUUUUCCGCUGUGGGGACCCCAGAUUAAUAAAGGGACUAAGCCGAAAAUGAAUGAAUUUAUAAUAAGUUAUUUAUUUAUGAAUAUUUAGAUUAUGUUCCCUGUUAAAAGUACCAGAAUUAAAUAUACAGUCAACUGAUCCAUUCAUCUGUUGAGCUUUAACUCUACUAAUCCUAAGAUGAAAUCAUUUUUCUGGCCUGUUUUUUUAACAUGUUAGCAUGUAGUGUUAUCAAUGUUUAAAGUGACAUCAUUCUAUGUGCGAAAACAGACAAUCAAACAUGUACAAAUGGGUACAAAUGUUUAAUGAUGAUUAUGGGAAUAUACAAACUGUAUCCAUCUAUAAACAAAGUUUGUGUACUCCGAAGAGUAGACAGUCUGCAGGCUUCCCUUCGUCAUCGGUUUAAACACAGCUGAAUAUCCAUUUUAGAAAUCUUUGUUACUAUGUAAUAGAUAGAUACUUGAUCCAUUGAUCAGUCAUUGUGUGACUUGUGCAAUGCAAAUGGGCUUUGAGGUUCCAGAUGGUGCAGUCUUGAAUGUGAAUGAUGUAAGGACUACAAAGUGCGUCACAUGUUGUACAUCAUGGAAUUUUAUUGCAUGGCAUUGAUGCAUUUUAAUGUACCAUCUAUUAUACUAUAUUGUUUAGUCAUGGUUUGAGGAGAAAAUUGUAUGUUAAUGUACUUCUCCCCCUCCAUAUCUCCUCAACUUUGGUUUUAUGUUGGUUCAGCUGGUUUUUGGGGUUGGUAUUAGCUAAUGCUUCUAGUGUUUCAAGAUUUCAUGUAUGAGGUACUUCGUGAGUUUCUGUUCAAGACUGUCUUAGUCUAUAUUGAUAAUAUCUUGAUUUAUUCCCAAAGUCUGGCUGAACAUCACCAACAAGUUGCGGAGGUCCUAUCAUGGCUCCCCGAUCACAACCUGUUCCUAAAAGUGAUCUUUUCAUCAAACGACCAUCCACUUCCUUAUUUUUGUUAUCUCAGCUUCUGGUGUUACGAUGGAUGAGGGGAAGGUGGAAGUCAUCACUUCUUGGCCACAACCAACUACCAUCAAAGAGCUCCAGCAAUUUCUUGGGUUUGCAAGCUUUUACCAAAAUUUUAUACGUAAAUAUAGUGAGGAAAGCCCAAGUCCCUGGUCUAGACAGAAGAAGCUGUUGAAGCAUUUCACACCCUCAAGAAGGCUUUUACCCAGGCCCCCCUCCUAGUUCAUUCCGAUCCUGAGCUUCUUUUUACAGUGGAAGUGGACACAUCUACCACCAGAGUGGUGGGCAUAAUUUCCCAGCGGCAGGGGGUACCAUCAUAACUCAAUCCAUGUGUCUUUAUUUCCAGGAAGUUCAGCCUGGCUGAAGCAAAUUAUGAUGUGGGAAAUCAUGAGCUCCUAGUUAUUCAAGUUUGCCCUCAAGAGUGGAGGCAUCAGUUGGAGGGGUCCAAACAUCCUUUCAUGGUUUUCAAUCCAAAUCGUUCAAGUUUAUACUUACCUGUCUUGUUUUUCUAUAAUCUCCAGUGUUUGCGUCUCUCCUUCCUAGUGUGGUUCCCCCAUGGUUUUAUCUGGUUGUGUGUUCUCUGACCCCUCUGGUCCUUCCGAAUCAUCUUGUCUACUGCUUCAUCUUUUCUGCAAUAGACUUUCUGAAUUCAGUCAUUUACCUGCCAUACUACUCAAUAAAAUGUUGUUCAUACUCACAGCUCUGGUCUCGUCCCACCCUGGUUGUGUCCUGGGUCUUUAUUUGCAUCUUCCUGCAUCAGGCCAGGCCUGUGUGGUGGAAGAGGGCAUGGAGACUUAAGUGGGGUGUGCAAUAGACACAUCAUGUUAAGCACUGUACAUUUCUGUCAUGACACCAGGCCUUACUCGUACAGAUCUGAGGUUUGAGGUUAAUUUACGUUUGCUGGAUAGAAAUACUUAGAUUGAAUUAUUAAAUAAACUACAUUUGAU